UGUCCCUUCUGAUAUGGAGAGAAUUUAAUUGAUCCACUUGGACUUUACAUAACAGGGUGAAGAGAGAACAGAAAUCUUUGCCUCCUAACUUUGAAAAUCUUGUUUAACCUUCAAACUGGCGAUGUCAAGGGUUCCAAGUCCUCCACCUCCGGCAGAAAUGUCGAGUGGCCCCGUAGCUGAGAGCUGGUGCUACACACAGAUCAAGGUAGUGAAAUUCUCCUACAUGUGGACCAUCAAUAACUUUAGCUUUUGCCGGGAGGAAAUGGGUGAAGUCAUUAAAAGUUCAACCUUUUCAUCAGGAGCCAAUGAUAAACUGAAAUGGUGUUUGCGAGUGAACCCAAAAGGGCUGGAUGAAGAAAGCAAAGAUUAUCUGUCACUUUACCUGUUACUGGUUAGCUGUCCAAAGAGUGAAGUUCGAGCAAAAUUCAAAUUUUCCAUUCUGAAUGCCAAGGGAGAAGAAACCAAAGCUAUGGAGAGUCAACGGGCAUAUAGGUUUGUGCAAGGCAAAGACUGGGGAUUCAAAAAAUUCAUCCGUAGAGAUUUUCUCUUGGACGAGGCCAACGGGCUUCUCCCUGAUGACAAGCUUACCCUCUUCUGUGAGGUGAGUGUGGUGCAAGAUUCUGUCAACAUUUCUGGCCAGAACACCAUGAACAUGGUGAAGGUGCCCGAGUGCCGGCUGGCAGACGAGUUAGGAGGGCUGUGGGAGAAUUCUCGGUUCACAGACUGCUGCUUGUGCGUCGCUGGCCAGGAAUUCCAGGCUCACAAAGCCAUCUUAGCAGCUCGCUCUCCAGUCUUUAGUGCCAUGUUUGAACAUGAAAUGGAAGAGAGCAAAAAGAAUCGGGUUGAAAUCAAUGAUGUGGAGCCUGAAGUUUUUAAGGAAAUGAUGUGCUUCAUUUACACGGGGAAGGCUCCGAAUCUAGACAAAAUGGCUGAUGAUUUGCUGGCAGCUGCUGACAAGUAUGCCCUGGAGCGUCUGAAGGUCAUGUGUGAGGAUGCCCUCUGCAGUAACCUCUCCGUGGAGAACGCCGCAGAGAUUCUCAUCCUGGCUGACCUCCACAGCGCAGAUCAGCUGAAAACUCAGGCCGUGGAUUUCAUCAACUAUCACGCUUCGGAUGUCUUGGAGACCUCCGGGUGGAAGUCGAUGGUGGUGUCGCAUCCCCACUUGGUGGCUGAGGCAUACCGCUCUCUGGCUUCAGCACAGUGCCCUUUCCUGGGACCCCCACGCAAACGCCUGAAGCAGUCCUAAGAUCCUGCCUGUUGUAAGACUCCGUUUAUUUUCCAGAAGCAGCAGCCACCGUUGCUGCCACUGACCACCAGGUAGACAGCGCAAUCUGUGGAGCUUUUACUCUGUUGUGAGGGGAAAGACUGCAUCGUGGCCCCGGACUUUUAAAACAGCACUAAAUAACUUGGGGGAAACGGGGGGAGGGAAGGGCCCGGGACUCGGGGCUGUUCAACCUAAUGAAAACCCUGUUGCUGCGUCACUGUGUUCCCUUUGGCCUGGCCGAGUUCAAUACCGUGGGGAUUCAGUUUAGGCGCUGGCCCCGAGGACAUCCCAGCGGUGGUACUUCGGAGGAACCUGUCUGCAUCUGACUGAGCAGAACAAAUCGCCAGGUGCCUGGAGCAAAAAGGAAAAGAAAAAAAAAUGGACUUUUAGUUUUAAGAGAAGGGAAAAGGAAAGAAGAAAGGAUUUUUGCAGCAUUUCUCAAAAAUCAGUUUGUGGAUUCCAGUAGUAUUUAUGUUGAGAGAAACAAAUUUUAGUCCUUCCAACUGUGCUAAAACUUGGAUAUUUGUGAAAACUCCUCACCACCGUACAAGUAUCAGAAGAGCUCUCUUGUUAGCACUUAUUGUUUGCAAGAACAGAAUACAUCCUUUUAUCUUUUUAUGAAAAUGACGAGUGAAAGCAAAAGGGGAAAGAGGUUAUUUGAUCUAGAAGAUGAGUGUUCUGAUAUGGUGGUUUUUGCAAAAAUCUUUAUUGGUGUUGAAAACUGGAAAAAAUAAUUCCUCCAGAAUUCAUACUGUCUUGACAAGAACUAUGGUUCUCUGUUUUUAGAUAUUGUGGAAAAUGUUUUUUGGCAUUUUUCUCUGCUUUUAUUUCUCCUCCCUCCUCCCUUCCUUUUUUCUAAAAAAAAAAAAAAAAAAAAAAAAAGAAAAACAAAA